AUGGCACCAAGCCCAGCACUGACCAACAUCUCCAACCUGCAUCAAGAGCAGGCUCCCAGCGCGGAUGUCCCUGCGCAACCUGCGAAAUCCAAGCGACGUCGCAAGCCUGCAGAAACCAGCGACACGGACUCGCAGAAGAAGGGGACAAGAACACCCGCAAGGGCGCCAAAGACACCCGGCAAGACCACGUUGAAGAUUGAGAUGAAGAUGCCUGCGAAGGCAGCACCGAAGGGCCUCGGUGCAAAAUCUGGCAAGAAUGUACGCAAAGGCGGCGAGUCCGAUGAGGACAUCAAGGAGAUGGACCCAGAGAUGGCGAAGCGAGUGUUGGAGGGGAUAGAGAGCAACUGGAGUGAGGAGGACAUGAAGAUACUUGUCGACUACAUCUGCCGCGAGGAUGUCUUCGAGGACUUCAAGCUCAAGAAGGAUACACAUGCCGUCAAGAUUGCUCAGGAUCUUUCGAAUAACCGCAAGACAGCUACUCAAGUGAAGUCCUGGUGGAAAUACCUUUUCCACAAGUACAUCGCUGCAUGGAGAUUGGAAGAACAUACCGGCAGUGGCGAUGGCGACGAAAGCAGAAUGGAGGCUCUUGGUAGUGACUUGGAGUCAAAGGUUGGCGUUAAGCUCCCGCUGUUGAAGAGUUCCAGCAGCCAAUGGUCCCGCGAGACGCUGGAGGAAUUCCGCGACUCAUACAUUUAUAUGUUAUUGACACCGUUGCGCACGAUCAUCCUGAAGUGCGAAGAAUCGAGUAUCCCCCCUUGCAAGCGUAUUCAUUGUGAGGGUUCGGAGGAAGAUAUGCUCAAGUCACUUGUAGACAGCAUGAAUGCUCAGACCAAGAGCAAGACCAAGCUUGAGGAGCGGGAGCUUCAGAUACGCAAGGCACAGGCAAAGCACGAGGAAGAGCUUCAUCAGAUCCGUGUGCAAGAACUUGAGUUGCAGCAGUGGGUUAAGGUGAAAGAAUUCCUUGAGUCACCUAUCGCCGCUGUUCAGGAGUUCGGCAAGAGAUUGGCUGCGCAGUUGGAUAAGCAUAAGGAGGGUGACCGUGAAUGA